AUGCACAUUUAAUCAGAAAGCAAGACAUUCAUGCAAAAAAGACUUAGUUAGCAGAGACUCCAGUCAGAAUCUAAGUUAGGUUUGCAUCAGAAUCAUGAAAGAAACUCUAGCAAUUAGUAUUCUACUAGCUAUGGGGGAAGUUUCGCUUAGUCUUAAAAAGGCAGUAAAUCUACAAGAAAUAAAAACUCCUUACUAAUAAAUAUUGGAAUCAAAUCGUAAUUAAAGGUUUAAAGUGGCAUGGAUUUAGACAACAUAGAUGAUGAAAUUUAUAAAGUUGAAGAGUUAGAAAAUCCCAAGUUUGAAAAUCAUCAUCAUAAACCAUCCAUAGUAUCCUUUAAUCUUAACAAUCACUCUGUCUCUCAUUCUACUUUACCAAAAGUUUAAAGCUUAAAUGAAUCUCAAAGUUAGCCAUAAAUAAGAAAUCUUAAAUCACCUAAAUUAGCGGAAUUUGCAUCUACCUCUAAAAGACUAAAAUAGAUGCUAGUAGGAUCAUCAUCAAAAUAAAGUAUCAAAAAGAGUAAAAGCCCUAAGAAGGAAAGAUAAGAUUAAUCUUAAAAUCAAUCAGCAGCUAAAACCGAUAAAUUGGAAUAACUUAAUCAAACAGGAUCGAUUUUUAACAUAGAAUCAGCUCAUAGAACUAAAUUGACUAUUGAUACAAACGCUUUGAAUGCAUCCUCAGUAAUGAACAAUACUAAUUACUUUUUAACAUAAUCAUAAGGCGUACUUUUCCCAAAUACUCAUUAAAGAGCAUAGAAUGGACUUUAAUCAGUUAAAUCUGCCAGUAAUCUUUCGAGUCUAUUUGUGCCUCGAUAAGAGUUAAGUAAAUUGACUAUUUAAGAAAACAGUCAAUUAAUAAGUAAGUUUAGUAUGCUUACUCAACAAGACAAAAUCCUGCACAAAAAUUUGUAACAAUAGAAGUUAGAUAGCAAGAUAAAUUUAAAGUCACAGAUGGAGGUGGUUGCUCUUGAGAAAAUUAAUCAAAAGAUAGAUCUAAUGCAAUAAACAAAGGAGGAGUUGAGAAAAACAUUUAGCUAACUUAAUAAAAUUAUAGUCAAAAAGGAUGCAUUUAAAGUUAUGCAUCAUCUUGUUGGAAAUAAAUUAAUCUUAAAACCCAAUGAGGCUUAGUAUCUAAAAUUGUUUGUAAACUCUAAGCCAGCUCCUCUCAAUAUACAGAUCCAAAAGAUGAGGAAUGAAUAAAGUUUCAAUAUUAUAUAUUCAAGAACAAAUCCUAUGCCAGAUCUAGACGAUAACAAUGGUGAAUAUAUAAAUCCCUCAAAAUUUUAAAUUCAAGAUAGGCAUGAAAUGGUCUUUAAGAAUCAGUAUAUUUUCUUCACGCUUUCUUCAUUUAAGGGGUGUGAACUAGUUAUAUAUGCUUACUUCAACAAAGAAAAACCUCUUUUAUCUAAGAAUGGAUCUAAUUCUUAAACUGAAUUGCAGAUGGUAGUGGCUGAGAAUAAGAAAACAAAUAGUAAAUAUAAAUACAUCAAUAGGAUUAAUGAUAUUCUCAAUGAUGAAAUAGAAUGUGAUGAAGUUAGAAGAGAAGCUAUCAGAAUCAAGAAUAGAAGGAUAAAGGAGGCUUUAAUAAAAGCUCAGUCAAAUCGCUUGAAUUUUGAUAAGCAGUUAUUUGCCGAUUAUCUUGCUUAGAGACCUUCUCAAAUGAGCGUUGAAAAUUACAAAAUAGAAAAAGCUUAAGAGCGUAAAACUGAAUGUGAUGAUUUUCACCUUAAGAAAAAUAUAUUCCUGCUUAACAGAUAGGAAAUUCUAAAAGAAUAUAGGGAAAAAGCAUUGAAAGAUGCAAAGGAGCUGAGGAAAAAGAAAGAUAUAUGUAAAGCAUGGAACUUAUUCUUUGUUACAAAGACUCUAUUUGUCAAUCUAUUUGAACAUUUCAAACUAAAUAAAGAAUAAUACCUUUUAAAAAGAAAAUAGAAGAAUGCAGCCCUCCGGAUUGAAAGAAUAGCAAAGAUUGCAUUCCAAUAAUAUGCUUUUGAUCUGAGAAAAAGAAACCAAAUUAUCAUUAAAAAGUCAUUCACUUCCCAUGUUGCUUUUAUAAUUGGAGUAGCUGAGAUGAGAGCCUGGAGAAAUUUAGUAGCAUUUCUCCAGCAUACUACAGAUUAAAACAGCAUUAUAAAUAGAUUUAGGAAAUUUGCAGAAAAAAUUAUGUUUAUUUAAAAAGCAAUGAGGAUAAAAUUAAAUCAGCAUAAAGAAAGAACUGAUAUACUUCACAAUAAAUGGGACCUAUGUCUCGAAUAGCUUAAGUUUGAGUAUCUGGAGGAUAAGGAGGACAAAGAUAGACACUCCUAGAAUAUUUUUAGGAAUAUGAAGCUUUUGGGAGAUGAGGCUAAGAAGAGAGAGAUCAAAGUUUAUUACAAUUUCUGCAAGUCUAUCUAUGAUAAUGUCUACUAUGAUUGGAGGGACCUUACUAAAACAUAUCAUGAGAAUGAAAUGAUAUAAAGAUAGCCUAGUGGUCCAAUUAGGAAUAUAGUAGAUAUUUGGCAAUCAACUGCAAAGAUUAAUAAUAGACAACUGAAAAUAUAUGGAAAGCAGAAGUAUUCAGUUCAUGAUGAGUUUUAAAGGAAUGAAAAUAAUAGGCAUGCUUCCUUAUCUCCAGAUCCAAAGAAACAACUGGUGGGCAAAUCAAGCAAGAAAAAAGGCUAAGUUGUAUCGUUCUAUGGAAGAUACCUUAGUCUUUAGUUGGAUCAUGAAAAGGAGAUAGAGAGGCUAUAUCAAGAUGAUGAAAAUGAGGAAAUUAAUAUAAGAUUCCCCCCAAAACUUAAAUUCAUUCCAAGUGAUAUUUUCAUCAAAUGCUUGAUUUUAAAAUAUGUUGACUCAACUUUAUUUUGA